AUGAGCGCCGCAAAGCGUAGCACACAAACUCCUCGAACAACGAUCAACGAGCACCUCUCCUCCACUCGAAAAACGAGGAGCGCAUCGUUCGCUCAAAGUCAAAGAAGAAGAGGACAAAAGAACCGAAGAUUUUGCCUCCCCGUCGUUAACGGUGGUGACGACAUCAUCAUCGUCCAAAACGAAGUCAUCAAAGAAGCCGAACCUCUCCUGUCUCAAUCCUCCUCGUUCUCUGACUCCCUCCUGGAAGCAGGCAUAGAACCGUGGCAACUCUAUUUCGGCUUCUUCGCCGGAAUAGCGCCGUUCAUCAUCGCCGCGUACGAGUUCGGGAAACGGAUUUUAAUCCAACGCAAAUGCGCUUUGUGCCAAGGCUCAGGGCUGAUUAAAAAAGGAGAAUAUGCGAGAAAGUGCACCGCGUGCGGAGGAUUCCUACCCUGGGAAUCCUGGGAACGGUUUUUAGACGUAGGAACGACCGCUAAAAUAGGCAACGGAGGACGCGUGCGCGUACCUGAAGGACAAACGUCGGUUUUUUACGACGUGGAGAAAACCGUCCUGGCGAGCGAGAAGAGGAAAGCGCUUGAAGACAGCCGCCGAGUCGCCGCCGCCGAGAACCCGCCCGCUGUCGAGGAGGACGAAAGGAAAGAGAGCAGCACAAAAUAA